AUGACAACUUUUCCUCCCGAACCCGACGCCCUCGGCAAACUUCAAACGGAAGCACCUAAUCUAUUAGCGCAUUCAAUCGAUACGCUCGAUACACUAGGUCUUUGCAAAGCUUUCAACCACGAAGAAGAGCGGGUAUCUCCGGCCAUUGCGUGCUGUCUACCAGUGAUCGCAUCACUGAUCGAGGACCUGGUUCCUCGGUUACAAGAUGGUGGCAGGCUCAUUUACGUCGGAGCUGGCAAUAGUGGCCGAGUUGGGUUUAUGGACUGCAGUGAACUUCCGGUGACCUUUUCCGUCGAUGAGAACAAAUUCCUUGCCAUUGUUGCCGGGGGCAGCGACGCCAUAAUCAAAGCAAAAGAGGUUGCUGAAGAUUCGGAACAGGACGGAUCAACGCAACUUGAAAGGCUACAAAUCACCUCCAAAGAUACCGUCAUCGGCAUCUCAGCAUCUGGACGGACUCCGUUUGUUCUUGGAGCCCUUCGAACUGCGAUAGAGCAAGAUGCCUUGACUGCCUCUAUCACAAACACAACCCCUUCUGCAAUCGAAAGUCUGGGGGUCACCCAUUCCAUUGUGCCUCUACUGGGACCCGAGUUCCUUGCGGGCAGUACUAGGCUGAAAUGUGGCAGUGCAGCAAAGCAAAUACUCAAUAUGAUCAGUACAUGUUCGAUGAUCCAAAUGGGCAAGACUUAUCAUGGACUCAUGAUUGAUGUGCGCGCGAAAAACCACAAGCUGCUGGCCCGAGGCCGCAGAAUAAUCCGUCAGGUCUAUCGCAUACUUCAAGAGAGUGGACAUAUUUUCGGUGACGCGAUUCAAGACCCACACACGAUAGAAGACUCAGCCUUGAAUGUUCUAAUCGAGCAAUGCGAAGGCAAGGUCAAAUUGGCUUGUUCUGUGAUUGUGUCGGGUCUUCCCCUAGAUGUUGCCCGGCAUCACCUUGAUGUAGUUAAUGGGAACUUCCAUUUGUUUGUUGACUCCCUCAACCCAACUAUAUCCCACCAACCUCCCAACCCACUUGAUCAUUCUGAAGAGCUCUUUCUAGCUAUUGAUGGUGGAGGAACAAAAUGCGCAGUGUCUAUCGCUAAUAGGACUGGGAUUGUGGCUCAGGCUGAUGCUGGGGCUGGUAACUUUCACUGUGUGCCGAUUGAUGUUCUCCUGGAUCAUAUAAAGAGUGCUGUGACGAAGGCCCUUUCCCUCGUGCCCGAGGAAUCAAAGCCACUAUCUUCAAAGGAAAUGCCCAAAUUUGCUGCUGUAUGGGCUGGUCUCGCCGGGUUGCAGCAUGCCAAUCGCCGGGAGUGCCUGACCCAGUCUCUGGAGGAAAUGUUUGGGGUUUCCGCUCAACAUGGUACUCUGCGCCUGUCAAGUGACAGCGAGCUGAUUAGUGCUCAUAUUGGUCUUGAUGAUUCAGUUGAGUGUGGUAUCUCUCUAAUCGCUGGUACGGGGUCGGUCGCUACCGCAUUUAAGCAAGAUUCGACCGGUGAUGUCUCACAAAUUGGACGAGCCGGUGGCUGGGGCUCCCUACUUGGAGACCAGGGCAGUGCGUUUGACAUUGGAAAACAGGCCGUGCAAGCACUGUUGACUAGCCUGGAAUUGAGUCAAGGUACCGAAGCGGAUUGCCUUUCUGAGCUUGAGCUUGGGGUCCUGGAAAGCCUUGGCAAUCGCAAAGAGGGUUUGCUAUCGCGCAUCCUUUUCCCUGGAACAGAGACAAAGAAAGUCAUUGCCGACCUUGCAAGAGUUGUGACAACUCUAGGAUUCAGAGCAACAAACCCAGAUCCUCAAGCCCUAGAAAUUCUGGUAUCUGCCGCCAGGUCUCUUGUUCAGAUUGUCAGGCCACUAGCCAAAAAGCAGAUUUGCGACCCAGAAACUAGUUCACUAGUAUUGUCAGGAGCUUUGAUGAAAGUUCUUGAAUUCCAAAGCCUGCUUCUGCACGAACUAUCGCAACAAGGGAUUUCUAAAUUCAAGAAUGUUGUGAUCGUGGAGGAUCCCUCGUCCGAUGCCGCAUUAUUUCUUGCUAGGCAAGCGUCAAAGACGAACUGA